AGUCCACUCGUCCUCGUCUUCCAGCGAGCUCGGUCGUCGACAACCUCAUUCAGCCUUCCCUUCGACGCAGACAAGACUCUUCUUGCCUCCUCCAGACAGCGUCGCAUUGCUCGUCUGACCACAGACGGCCUGACAAGACAACCCACGUCACCAACACCACAACUACCCAACAUGCCUCAGAAGAAGAUCCGCUGCACCUUCAAGGAGUGCAAGGACGCUGCCCAGCGCAUUGUCGGAGAUUGCGGCUUCUGCAACGGUCACUUCUGCGGAAAGCACCGUCUCCUCGAGGACCACAAGUGCGAUGGCUUGGAAGACUGCAAGAAGCAGUCUCACGAGCGCAACGCUGCGCAGCUCGAGGCCGAGCGCACCCAGGUCAUCCGCGGUGUAUGA